AUGGGAUCGAUUUACUGGAUAAAAGACACGGCGGAUAAAUUUUUAAUUGCCACGGAGAACAUUGUGAAAAUCUACAAAGAAGAGGAAAAAUCGUACAAACUCGUGACAACUGAAAAUCGGUACAAAGAUAUUUUACAACGAACUAUCACGACAGCCGUCACGAAUGAAACUGAUAACAGAUUCCUGGUGGCUUUUGGACUUUUAUCGAGCAAAUUUGUCGUUUGGAACUCGGGCAAUCCAGAAACGCCUCUCGAGCUACCCGAAGCACGUCAAAUAAGUUGUUUGGACUUCAAGGGAUCGGAAAAUAAAAUCGCCGUGGGAUAUGAAAAGACAAAAAAUUAUUGCGUGUCAUUUUGGGAUCUAAAUCGGAGCUCACCGUACAUCGUGUCCAGCGUUUGCAGCAGUGAUGGCGUCACCUCGCUCUCGUGGGACCCGGAAUACAAACAACUUAUCACCGGAUUGAGCAGUAAACACAUUCGUGUCUACGAUUCGCGUCAAUUAGACAAAAAUCCUUUGACUAUUUCCACGAAACACACGCCCAACGGGAUAAAAUGCUCAUCAAAUGGGUACCAUAUCUUGAGUUAUGCAGAUAAUUCUUUUGUAGUUCACGAUUUACGGUUUUUCGACAAGACUUUUGCUCAAAUAAUGACCGCCAAGUCAAUUCACUCGGCACUUUGGAGUCCAAUGACCUCGAAUACGGUUGGUGUUAUCCAAGGAGAUCAUUUAUUGUACUUGUACGAACACAUAAAUGAAGAUUCCGAGCCUUAUCUGAGAACUUGUGCUCCUCUGGGAAAGUUGACAAAACAUGCAAUUACGAGUUUUACCUUCGCUCAAGGCGCGGAUGAGCGUUGUUUGUUCCACACUACGAACUCGAACAUCGUCGAAUAUGUCGUUCCUCAGAAACACGCCGUGCAAUUCGAUGUGAAACAAAAUUCGUUGAUGCUAAAUACGGUUCGCGAUGUGAAACUUAUUGCUGGAACGAUGAAAGAUGAAGAGGAAGACAUUUCCCAAAUAAUGCAGAAACGAGCGUUGAAGGAUUACGGCUUGAUAGCUGACAUCAAAGAAAACGGCGAUUUGUCUCUGGACCCAAAACUAAAAUCUGUCUGGGAUGGUUUGUCACUGAUGUACGAAAAAGGCUGCAUGUUGGGACUUAAAUCGAUCUUGGGCAUCAAAGACGGCAGCACAAUAGUCCCGAAAUCCGAGUCAGAGUUUGCUGAAUGGUACGACCAUCCGACAUUUGAGGCACGAAAAGUGUACAAGAGUGAACAUCGAACAAAAGCCAUCUUGCUCUGCGGUUGGAAUGUACAAGAUGACGGAAAUAGUGAAGUAACUUUAACUAAAAAUGGUUACCACGAAAGUUGUAAGGCAGCGUUGAUUGCCUGUUUUCAUCUAAAACUAAAACAAGCCGUUGAAAUAUUGAGUAAAUCCCAUUGUGAGUCACCAGAUCAGUCGAAUGUCCUGAGAAUUUCCGCUAUCGUGCUCGAAAACUUCAAUCCGGACAAACAUAAUCCCACCAAUCUGCUGGAAGAUAUCAAAGAACCUUAUUUAAAGGCAAUUUUCGCGUUUUUAAACAAAGAUUACGAAUACAUUUUGGAAGACACGGAAUUGCCGCUGUCCGAUCGAAUGGGUUUCGCCUUAAAAUAUCUCUCAGAUAGCAGUUUGACGGACUUCAUCAACAAUCAAAUCAAAAAGUGCAUUGAAAUCGGUGACUUGAGUGGAAUUCUGAUGGCUGGUUCCUCAAUCGAAGGUGUUUCCUUGCUGCAAGCUUACGUGGACAUCUCCGAUGACAUUCAAAGUGUUGCCUUAAUUGCUUCCAGAUUCUUCACAAGUGAGCCGUUUCGCAUCCAGUACUGGAUUCAAACGUAUCGCGACAUGCUCGAUGGCUGGAAUUUGUUUGACCAGCGAGCUCAGUUGGAUAUCAUGAUGAACAGCAAAACGACGAGACCCAAAGCAAUCCAAUUGCUUUGUAAUUUUUGUGGCAAAAGCAUUUCUUCAGGGUUUCAAGAGGAAAAUCGGGUGCGAUUUUUAAUCAAUAAGAUCUCGUCGUGUCCGCAUUGUCGGAAGACUUUGACUCGAUGCAGUUUGUGUAUGUUGCAUUUGGGGACAUGUUCAACGGAUUUUACGGACAAAAAUAGUAAGAAGGCAACUGCGAUUUUUCAAGCGAAACCCUUUUCUAAUUGGUUUUCGUGGUGUCAGACUUGUCGUCAUGGAGGCCAUAUGAAGCAUCUAUUGACUUGGUUCGCACAAAACUCCGUUUGUCCCGUUACCGAUUGUAAUUGUUGUUGUAGUAACAUUGAUAAGACACUAUUUUCCAAUAAAAUCUAAAAUUUGUAAAAUUUUAUAAAAAUUUUGAAGAUGAAAAAAUUUUUUAUGAGGCGAGAUCUAAGUAGA